GCACUUUUCAUUUCUGCCGAAAAUUAAAACAAAAAAUUCCUUCUCUGAGUAAAAGAUUUUUUUCCAAAACACCACAGUUUAGCCUCUCGUUACUGUAAAUUGACAUGAACAACCAGCGUAUGUACAAAACAAUGGAAGCGACUGAUUAUUUUUAUCAGCUUCGUAGUGAUUCAAUAGUGCCAAUCAGUCCUUAGUCGAGAUCGAAAUGCCAUCAUUCACCCAGUCCUCUCUCCGGUGCUUUGUUCUAGUUUGGAUUAUCCUGCAAGUGAAGCCCAGCAGUCAAAGAUUGCCUUUGGUGAUCAAUACUUGGGCUUUCACAAAUGCCACUCUCCGAGCUCAUCAAUCACUGACGGUGGGAGAAUUUACUGCCAUUGACGCACUUGUGGAAGGCUGUAGCGUUUGUGAGCGCGAGCAAUGUGACGGAACGGUAGGCUAUGGGGGCAGCCCGGAUGAGCACGGUGAAACCACACUGGAUGCGAUGAUUAUGGAUGGAACAACGAUGAACAUUGGUGCGGUAGCCGCCUUGAGAAAUGUUAAGCAUGCCAUUGCCGUGGCCCGACAUGUGCUAGAAAACACCAAGCACACAUUACUGGUCGGUGAUCAGGCAACCGAAUUUGCUGUCAUGAUGGGAUUCCAAAAGGAAUCCUUACAAACCGAGCACUCCAAGAGCAUGUGGCAGGACUGGAAGAAUAAUCACUGUCAGCCGAACUUUUGGAUGAAUGUUAUUCCUUCGCCAUCGAUGUCCUGCGGACCAUAUGAGCCAAUUUCCGUAAAUUCAAUCAGUCAGCAUUUUUUCGCGGUUCAAUCAAACGAGGCUGAAGAACUGCAGCAAUUCGAUCGCUACAAUCACGAUACCAUCGGUAUGAUAGUUAUAAACAGCGAAAGUCACGUUGUCGCUGGAACGUCAACGAACGGGGCUCGGAAUAAAAUUCCCGGCCGAGUGGGAGACUCGCCUAUUCCUGGUGCAGGAGCAUACGCGGAUUCGUCCGUCGGUGCUGCGGCCGCCACAGGCGAUGGAGACGUCAUGAUGCGCUUCAUGCCAUCGCUAUUGGCUGUAGAGGGUAUGCGUCAGGGUUUAACUCCAGCAGAAGCUGGCGAGGCAGCUUUGGCACGCAUUUCCCAGCACUACCCUAACUUUAUGGGCGGUAUCGUGGUUGCUAACCAGAAGGGCGAGUAUGGAGCUGCCUGCCGAGGAAUAGCGGAAUUCCCGUUUUCGGUGGCGGAGGGAAUUGCUGCCGAGACGCAAGUAACGGUUCAAACCGUAAAGUGUGGUGGGAGUCAUCGUUCUUGAGUGUCAUCCAAGAGAGAACUGUAAUCGGCUAAUCUCUAUUAUAGAUUCAACAAUAUAUUUCCGUAACCUUUGGAAGGAUAAACCUAAAACGAACAUGAAGUUUGCACUGUUUCAACCAGUCUAGCUAGCGUGAUGUAUACGACGGUUUUUUUUUUAUUGGCAUAUCGGAAAAUCCCAUCCUUUCCUAGCUUGUCGCACUUACGUCGAUAUUAUUUUUUGUUAUACAACUAAGCCAACUUUUCAAAGGUGUUCAAUUUUUGUUUAAUAACUUAGUACAUGUUGCUAUGGCAUUCGCCUGUAACUAGUAAGGGAGGGGCGUCACAACCCUGUUUUUUUACUCUUGUAUGGAAGUGGUAAGUAUAUUGAUGGGAAAUGCGAAAUAAAUACAUCUUUACAUCGCUUCCAUACAGCUGGAGCGGUACUCAAUGAGUGAACGGUUUUCGUAUUAUAUCUAUGGCUUUUUGAUUAAAAAAUUAACAUGCUUAAGCUAAGCUCGCGCGUCCCAGCCAGGUAUAUUUACUAGUAAUUCUUUCAGGUUUUAAUGCAAUGCAAAUGUUUAUGUGUCAAAACUGGAUGGACUUAUAUAUGUUAUCUUCUAAUAGGGCCUGUUAAGUUUUUACAAAUUCUUUCGUUCGAACAAUGUGACAGCAAAAUAUUUUGAAUUGAAAAACCGCACUUGUCUCUACGUUUUUGAAAACGAGAAAUUCGUUGUCAUUCUAUCGUGAUUAUCAACAGGUUAUGUGUGACUAAAUAUACAUCCUCGCUUUCCUGUACACUCAUCUUCUGCAGAAAAAUGUGUACAGCCUUGUUAGUUACGUGUCUCUCAAGUUCAUUGAAAUGCUUUGUGUUAUGACCAAUCACACCUCAGCGUAAGUUUGGCAAGUGACGCUAUAUUGUGUUUAUUCAACCAAGCUGCAAUAUUCUGAUUGCUUAACCGCUCCGUUCUGCAUGAACUAUCUUCAAUUAUAAUUAAAAGAAGCCGAUAUUAUUUCUGAUUGCAUGUUUAUAACUAGAAAUUAAAAUCAAUAGUAGUGAUGCUACCUCUAUAAUAAACCAUAAAAACGGGUUAAUCAAAGCCCGUUGUCUCUUAACUUCUAAUUGUUCAGCUUUAAAACUUAACUUAGGCUUGCUACGUCUUUGUGGUUCGUAAAUCUAAUGUGUAACCAAAAGUUUCAAUACGUCAAUAAGUUGAAAAUAGAACUUGUGUCCAAAUCAUGAACUUAAAAGCUAUCACUCACAUAUUUGCGGCUCUUGCUAUUCUCGAAUAACUUGUUUGGCCAUUUGUUCUGUUUUGCGCAAAACACUUCUACUGUAUGUAAUAGGUAUCACGCCCUUGUCAUUCACACUGGAACAGUGAAUGUUUUGAGCUUUCCCUCGCUGUUUGGAAUAUCCUUAAACAGUUUUAACACACUCUCUACUCGUAGUCUGCUACACAAACGAUGCCAUUUCUAAACAUUCCUAGUUAUGAUGUAUAUAUAUGCACUUACAUUUCACUAUUUGAAAUUAUCUCUGACUGCAACUUGUGCUUCCUUCGGUUAACUACUUCGAACCAUGAUGAAGGACUGCGUUAGGUCG